AUGAUUAAAAAGGCUAGCACUUUUUAUGUAGGAAGACAUCGUCCUUCAAAUGAGGGUUUGAUAUCUCCGAAAGGAGAAUCUAUAAAAUUUGUACCAUAAAGCCCUAAUUAAAGAGAAGAUAAAAAAACAAAUAGAAUGAACAAAACAUCACUUCUCGAAAUGAAAAAGUUUUUUAAAUUGAUUAUACUAUAUAGAUCAAGAAAAAUAGCAUUAGAAUAAUCAAUGAAACGAUUAAAUAAUAAAAGACGAUUGAUUAAGGCAUUUAGAAAAGUAUAUUUGAUAAGCAUGUUUAUUUCAAUUGCCAAAUAAAUGGACUCAAAAAAAUUAAAAGGAAACCAUAAGAAAAAAAUCUAUGAAUCACUUCUUUACCCAGUAAAGAUUGAAAAUGUAUUUUAGCUAAGAAUGAUAGGCUUAAAAAAAUAUGGGAUAUAUUUAUGUUAAUUGUUUUGA